AUGCGUAUCCCACGUGUGAUUCUGCGCAGCGUCGCUCUGGAUCAGAACUGCGCCAUCGCCGUGACGUGCGUCAUGCUCAUCAUCUCCUGCAUCCUGUACCCGAUGACGCAGACGAUCCUGUGCACCAUACUGUUCUUUGUCCUCUACGGCCUCUGCGUGCUGCUGCAGGCGUACCACUUUUGGGCUCGCGUGACGGAGAUGAAGUACCGCACCGCCUCUGUGACCGGGGAGGUGCUGGUGCGAUGGUGGCGCCGGGUGCAGGAGAUGCCGCUGCGUCGCAGCCAGACCGCCGAGGAGCGGCGGCGCGUGUUUAUCGAGUCCUUCUCGCAGCUGCCGGCGAGCGCGUUCCGCAUGGUGGCCGUCGUCGACGAGCGCACAGGUAGACUGAAGCACAUCCAUAAGAGCUUAAUGGUGAAGAUGUCGAAGCGGCUAGACGAGGUGACUCUGAAGGUGCGCCCUUACCUGGAGCCGACGAGCAUCUGCAAGCUCGUCGACGUCAUGCGCAUCACCCUCGAGUGCGACGCGAUUGUGCUGAAGCCGCUGACGGAUCGUGCCCGACCACCGCGGCUGCCGAACCUGCUCCUAUCCAACAAGCCCUUUGUGGAGGACGAGGACACAACGGACAGUAGCGACCAUGAGCGCGAGUCGCGCACGGUGCUGGGUGGUGGCAACACCAUCACCGUGUCGCACCACAUGGAGUACUUUGUCCACCGCGUCUUUCUGCUCGCCUGGGCAGCCGUGAUGGUGCUGACCAUCGGCACCGGCGUCGUGCUCUGCAAAUUUGUACGGUUACCCCUCGGCGAGGGCGUCUUCCUGGAUCCUGCCGUUGCGGCGCUGGGUCUGCUGCCCCUCAACGCCAUUGUGCUCAACCGCGUACUCAUCUUCUACGCCAACGUCUACCUCGACAAGCUUUUUCACUACAUGCUGUCACGCCGCUCCUACGCGCUGGAGGAUCGGCUGCCCCGCUUCUCCUUCUGGUCGACGCUGGUGACGAUGGCGCGGGUGGUGUGCCGCAUGCCGCCGCCGAACGGGGGGCGUAACCCACUUGUCUUCUCCACUUCUCUUGUCGACGUCUUCGGCAUGGCAACGGUGGUGGCGAUGUUGGAUCAGACGGGGAUUGUGACGGACAUGGUGCUUGUCCCUAAGCAGGUGUUCCUGCUGAAGUCCGACCCGCAACAGCAGCAGAAGCAGCAGCAGCAGCAGAACUCUUCCAGCGGGGAAAGCGGUGACGAUGAUGAUGGUGCGGCGACUGUGAAGGGGCCCUUCUUGCAGCGCAGCGAGCGCGACGCGCGUGAGCGCCACCGCGACAUGCACAAGCAGAUCAAGCGCAAGAAGUAUCAGGAGCGCCGGUUCCUGGAGCUGCGACUGAUGCAGUCGACAAGGCAGGACCUGGCGGUCGAGUUCGUCGACGAGAAGGCGCGCCACAAGCACAACGGCCACCUCAAACCUCUCUGCCUCGCGAUCCUUGUGCACGCCCUGGCACGAGAGCCGACGCAGCUCGCGACGUGGACGGAGUCGUUCCACUUCUGCGACCGCUCACUUCUGUGGGCGCGUGCAAUGCACUGGAUCCCGCGGGCGUGUGGCUUUCACGACAGAGUGGCACACAACUUCCUGAUCAUUGCGCGCAUCUUCGUGAUCAGCACGUCCACCGGGAGCGGGUACCGCGACACCUACCCAGAGCAGGCGUGCUCGUACCUCGUCGAGGGCAGCGAUGGUGCGCUGCACCUCUUCACCAUAGGUACACCGUAUCUCGUGUGCCGCCACUCGACAACGCAUUGGACAGGAACGACGAUAGAGGAGUUUGACGCCCACGAUAAGGCGGAGGUGGUUUACAUGGGGAAGCACCAAUGGGAGGAGGGCGCGACGCUAGAGACGGUGGCGCUGUCGCACCGCAUCUUGCCGGAGCGGUACCGCAGCUACGUCGCAACGCUACCGCGCCACGCGCAUCAUUACAACGAGUUUUUCUUUCGAAACGGCGUGGAGGUGAACAGCACGACAGCGAAGAGGGCGCAGAUGGAGCGGCGGCAUCGCCGCCAGCAGCACGCGACCGCGAAAGCAGUUCGUAGUGAAGUCACUGCACCGCAGCCGCAGUCCGCCAAUUCACGGCAGGAACCGCGCGGGGAGAACGGGACCAGCAGGUGCCGCGCCAUGCGACCCGACGGCGCAGGUGCUGAUACCGACGACGGAGCCCCCAAACCGUCGGCGGCCACGCAGCGCGAGCGCACCGAGACGGCUGUACGCGCAGGGGACAGGGAGGUGGAUGUACAGAAGGAAUUAGGUGUGGUGGGUGCCAGCGAUGGCAGCGCCAUGGGCUCUCACGACGACGACGACUGGGGCGGGGAUAGGGGCAUCGCGGUUCACGAGAUCAACAUUAGCGUCCGCGACGGGGCUCGGCAACGCCAGCCGUGCGGCACACCCCAGCGUCGCUGCCAGUCUGCACCGCCGGUGCGCAGCACGCAACCGGCGAACGUGAAGCCGCCGCGCAAUCGCUCCUUUGGCGCCGUUCCGACCGACGCCGUGGGUGACAUCGAGGGGGAUGACUGCAUCACUAUCGACACCUUCAUCUGGCUCAUGGCGACCACGUCCCACACGUUCCUUGGGCUGAUCGGGUUGCAGGACUCGGUGCGCCCCAACGUCCAGAGCACCAUGAGCUUGCUGGAUGAGUCGGGUGUGCGCUGCAUGUACUUCUGCGCCGGCACGGAGCGCCAGACGAAGAGCUUCGGGAGCCGGGUCGGCCUGGAUACAGACUGGAACUGCUGCAUCUCGCUAAAGGAGGACGCCGUCGCGCUGGACCCGCACAGCAUUCGCGCUCAGCUACCGUUCGGCAUCAAGUCGAUCCGCAAGCACAUCCUGCAUGUCGACCCGAUUCCGCUUCAGGUGAGCCUAUUCUCGCACGCCCUCGGAGUGUCGAAGCGGGCGAUGCUGUCUGUGCUGCAGGACAACCACGAGGUCGUCGUCGCGGUCGGCUCGGUGUUCAACCACAGUAACGUGCGCAGUUUCGUACAGGCGGACUUGUCGAUCGGCGUACUCCCAACCAGACGCGGUAUCAACGCGGAUAAGGAGGGCGCGCUGAAGCACACCCGCGUCGUGGAGCCGUCCGACUUUGCGGCGACGAACAGCCUCAACCGCGAUAUCCCGCUCUACCGCAACGUGGCGGAGCUGAUCGGUUGCAGCUGCUCCCUGCGGGCGCCGCCAACGACGUCCAUCUUGCCGAUUGUCGCCAUGAUGAUCCGUCAGGCACGCCUGCGGCUCAGCGGCAUCAGCAACGGCGCCGAGUUCGUCAUGCACGCCAACUUCUUCCUGGUCAUGGUGAACACCAGCUCGCUGAUCGUCGGGGUGCCACUGCUGCUGACGCCCUCUGUGACGGUGUUUGAGCUCUACGUGCUCAUCCCGAUUUUGGCGCUGUGCUGCACGUACACGGCGUACGCCGGCAUGGAUGCGAUGCGAGUGAUGCCGUCACGCCACAAUCACUUCGUCCGCCGUGCAAUCUUCCGGCACAGCGCGGUGGUGUGGUGCCUGCGCUACGCCAUCUCUGUCGUGGCGCUCCUGACGCUCGGCAUCACUGCCUCCACGAAGCUGUGCAAGGUCCGAGCGCUGAAGCUAAUCACAAUGGAGGAGGCCACGUGCGUGUCGUCUGGUCAGGGCUACGUCGCGCUCACCUUUAACUACUGGCUCAUGGUGCACUGCUGGACGCACAUCAGUCGUCAUCACCCCAUUUCCCUCACCUUCUCGCUGAAGCUGGCGCAUGGACGCCGCUCCACCUACCUUUUCCGCUCCUUCCGCUGGCUCGCCGCGAGCGUCCUCGUGACGCUGCUGAGCAUCAUCAUCGUGGUCCUCGACACACCGAUGAGAGCCCUCCACCACGCUUUCUUUCCUUCUGCCCCGCACUUCAUUGUGUCGCUGCUGUUCCCGGUGCUGAUCCUCGCACUGGACUGGCCCGUCAAGCGGUGGCGCGAGCGGCGCUUCACGAACAUGCAAAAGUUUCGGAAGCUGUCGUAUGGCACGCGGCUUGGCAUGCACUCGCCCCGCGGCGACUACGAGCCGGAGGGCAUCACCUACACACACACCAGCACCGUCGGCGGCGCUGGGCGAGAGGAGGCGGUGUCGGCGGAGCGCGUCGGACUCCUCAAGCGCGUGAGCGAGUGGUUUUACCGCUUCAGCAGCAUGCGGGGCGGGAAGCUGGAACUAAACUGCGUGUGCUGCGACCACAUCGGCGGCAACUAUGCCACCUACCACACCACGGCUAACGUAUAG